CAGCUGCGCGGCAUCACUUUGCGCCCUACGUCUGAACCAGAGGCUGUUAUUACGCACAGAGACCCGCCGCUCUCUCUCUGUGUCUCACACACACACACACACACACACACCACCAGCCUUUGACUUGAGCUGUCCCAGAAGGACACAGAGGGAGGACAGGACAUGUUGGGGAUGUGGAGGAGACUCGUAGGACUGUCCACAUGUUGCUGUGUGCUGAUGCUGAUUCAUUGUUCGCCUCAAGCAGAUGCAGCGGUCGCAUGCAGCGCCACUCAGUUUAGCUGUGGGAAUGGGAGGUGCAUCACCAACAGGUGGAUCUGUGAUGGGACGGACGACUGUGGAGACGCAACUGAUGAACUACCUGCAGCCUGCGCAAAUAAAACCUGUCGGGAGUCAGAGUACAGCUGUGGCCUCCCCAUGAACCAGUGUGUCCAAAGAAGCUGGCACUGCGACGGCAAAGAGGACUGUGACAACGGAGCUGACGAGAGAAACUGCACGGCCAAACAGUGCAAAGCUGAAGAAUUCCGUUGUGCCAAUGGCCAGUGUAUAUCCAGCACCUUUGUCUGUGACAGCGACAUCGACUGCUCAGACGGCUCAGAUGAGGCCUCCUGCCCUAAGCCCUCCUGCAGCUCUCGCACCUUCCAGUGCAACAACUCGGUGUGCGUGCCGGCCAUGUGGCGUUGUGAUGGAGACAAGGACUGUGCGGACGGGUCUGACGAGUGGCCAGAGAACUGUGCAGAUAAGAAGCCGGACAAGCCGGCGAAGCGCUGCGGCCUCCACGAGUUUGAGUGCGCAGAUGGGGAGUGUAUCCACAGCAGCUGGAGGUGUGACGGAGGCCUGGAAUGCAUCGAUCAUUCGGAUGAGGCCAACUGCAGUCGUCCCACUUGUCGUCCCGAUGAGUUCCAGUGUAACGACGGCACCUGUAUCCACGGCAUCCGGCAGUGUGACAAAGUGCCCGACUGCAGGGACCUCAGCGAUGAGAUUGGCUGCCACAUAGAAAAUCCAUGCGAAGGCCCGACCCAGUUUAAAUGCAGCAGCGGGGAGUGUAUCGGCAUGGAAAAGGUGUGUGACCAACAGAGAGACUGCAGGGACUGGUCUGAUGAACCUGUCAAAGAGUGUGGCAACAACGAGUGUUUGACAGGAAAUGGCGGCUGCUCCCAUCACUGCAAUGAUCUGAAGGUUGGCCACAACUGCUCGUGUCCACCUGGAUACAUCCUGAAGAUGGACAAGAAAAGCUGCGAAGACAUUAACGAAUGUGCCGAACCGGACACGUGCAGCCAGAUCUGCAUCAACCUGCCCGGCAGCUACAAGUGUGACUGCCAAGACGGCUAUGAGAUCGACCCUGCGACCAAGACAUGCAAAGCUGAAUCUGGCACCGUACCUACGCUGUACUUCACCAACAGACACGAGGUGAGGAAGAUGACGGUGGACCGCAGUGAGUACGUGAGUCUGAUCCCACAGCUGAAACUUGCCGUGGCUCUGGACAUGGAUAUGCCAAACAAGAUAAUCUUCUGGUCUGACCUGGCCCUGAAGAAAAUCUACAGCUCCAAGCUCGAGGUGGCCAGUAACUCCUCUUACCACACUGAAGUAAUUGGCAGUGGAAUUGAGGCCCCAGAAGGAAUCGCAGUGGACUGGAUCCAUGGAAACAUCUACUGGACCGACAACAUAUUGAAAACUAUCUCUGUGGCAACGACUGACGGCAACAAGAGGAAGACGCUCAUCACAGAAAACCUGGAAAAGCCAAGAGCCAUCACCGUGGACCCGGUGAAUAAUUUUAUGUACUGGACAGACUGGGGUGAGGAAGCUAAAAUAGAAAAGAGUGGAUUGAAUGGAGCAAAUCGUGUUGCCUUGGUGACACAGAACAUUGUGUGGCCCAAUGGCCUCACCCUUGACAUGGUUAACCAGCGACUGUACUGGGUGGACUCCAAGAUGCACACGCUCUCCAGCAUCGACGUGAAUGGAGGGACACGGCACAGUCUCAUUUUCGACGUGGACAAGCUCUCCCACCCCCUGUCCCUCACUGUGUUUGAGGAGAAAGUGUUUUGGACGGACAUGGGCAAUGGCGCAGUUUUUAGCGCCAACCGUCUGACAGGGAAGGAUAUCACCGAGCUGGCAAUUGACCUGGACCAACCAGAGGACAUUGUACUCUACCACAACCUCAAGCAGCCCAACGGUACUAACUGGUGCAGAGAGAGCAACAGAAUGAAUGGAGGGUGUGAGUUUCUGUGUCUCCCUGCUCCUCUGAUCAACCAGCACUCUCCGAAGUACACUUGUGCCUGUCCUGACCACAUGACUCUGGGACCUGACAUGAGGACAUGUGUGGCAGCAGGAUCUGUUGCCCCUCCUGUCAAAACCAGAAGUGACGCUCCGCUCACACCCAAAGUUCCCACCAAGCCGACUACACCCAGGCAGCCCAUCCCUACCUCUACAACCACAACUACAACCAGUGCGACUGAAAAACUCACAUCUACCUCAUCCAUCCAGCCUGUCGCCACUGCUCAAGGUAACAAAUUGGCAGCUGUGCCUGAAGAAGCCGAUCCAUCCCACCCUAUUGCUCUGUACAUCGUGCUGCCAAUAAUGGUCAUGUCCCUGCUGGUCUUUGGAGCAGUGUUGUUAUGGAGACACUGGCGUCUGAAGAACACCAACACCAUCCACUUUGACAAUCCAGUGUACCAGAAAACCACAGAGGACGAGUUGCACAUCUGCAGGAACAGCUCCGACGGCUACGUUUAUCCUCAGAGACAAAUGCUGAGCAUGGAGGACAUGGAUGUUGCUUGACCCAAAGAUAAAGAAGACACUAGCUUUGUUUGAGGUGACGUUUUUCUUUUCCUGAUGCAAACAUGAAGCCAUUUCUUCUCCUACUGCUGCCUACCAGCUGCCUCCUUCUCCUCCCCCAGUGACCUCAUUUAGUGGCUUAUGUUUCUGACCUCAGCACUGUGCCGUCCAAGUCGGAUGAAUGAACUUAAAAAAACAAAACAAAAAAAUGUUUUAUGGCAAAAUAGAGUAUAACCACCAGAAGCCAUUUCGUCAGACCACUAAAUGGUUUCAAAAUGAAGGACUAAUGCACGCUUUGAGAAGAAGAAGCAUCGUGUUGCAUGAGGUGUAGAUGAACGCUCGCUUUACGGCAAACACAUCACCUUAGUAUGUUGCUCACCUAAAUGCACAUGGAUCAAAAUCUUUUUUCAAUGAGUUUAACUUGAAAAACUUGACCUUUACUGUCCAAACACGCAUGUGUGCCUUCCAUCCACAAUCUGGAUGUACACACAGUAAAUGCCUUACUCACCCCACUUCCUCUCAAACCUGUUUCUGUGGUAGUUGAUGUUUGAGUGCUUUAACCCCAGGCAGUGACGGCCUCCAUUACAAACAUAUUGUGGCCUUCUCUUUUCCUGGAUACAGCUUCGCACAUUUAGUAUCAGAGGCAUUUUUCUACUAUCACCUAUUAUAGUAACUUCACAUCUGAAUCAGUGCUUGUUUGUUGUCUUUCUCUGAGUGAAGCAUCUGUACAUGAAGAGUCACAGAUGGUUUAUUUUGUAAAUGGAAAAGCUGCUGAGUUUUUUGAAGUCAACCAAAAUGAAGUAAAUGUUCUUUUUUUUCUUUUUUUAAAUGAAGAUAGUUAAAGUAAAAGAAAUGAUUGUACUGUAAGUGAUGGCCUAUCGUAACACUGUAAAUAAUGUCUGUAAAUAUUUGGUUUACUCUGGUGUUGCCUUUUUACGUUUGUAAAUUUUAAUCAAGAAAUAUUGUACAUAUGUGUAAGAUUCUUUAAUUUAUUUAUGGAAUAUGAGAGAAGGUUUUUUUUUUUGGUUGUUGUUGUCUGGCUGUAAAUACAUUACAUACUAUAUAUUAGCACCAGCCACAGUGACGUGAUUUGGUUACAUCUCAGCCAGAUUAAACUUGUUUUAAAUUAUGCCUGCUCCGUCUCGUGUGCGCCACAUCUUGUAUGAGUCAGUGCUGUGGGGCAGUGACUAUCGUUUGUAACUGUUACAGAGAAACACUGAAGAAACUCUCUUUGUUCCUUAAAUCUCAUAAUUUAUUUUUGCUUCUGCCUUUCUGUUAAGAUGCAUUUUCAUAUAUACAGUCUUCAAAGGAUGAUGUACAGUAUAAGUACAAGUAUAUUCAUGCACAACAGCCUGCACAUCACUAUUUUCAUGUUUAUUUGUGUUGGUCUUUUUUUAAAUAAAAGAAAAAUAGUUUCUCA